UCUUCACGAAUCCGAACAAAAUUGGUUCACCUAGGAAAAUGGAUUUUACUUUUUCAGAUUGUUAUGUAGUACAGUGUAAACCGUUUUAUCUGAGAGAAAUUUUAUCUACUAAUCGUAUCUGUACAUCAUAUCUUGCUCGAAAACGAUUGGCUAUCGAUCAGUGGGUGCUUCUUUGUACAUAAAAUUGUACUUUUGUUUCCCUGUGAUCUUAGAAAUUUCUAGAUUCAAGGACGCUGCUCCAAGGCGCUACGAAGGAAUUUUUGAAUAACAAGGAACAACGUGCUCCAUGUCCAUCUUCACUCUACGUGACUCGUCAAAGUCUACUCUGUUAAGAGAUACAUUUCUACUAGGAGAAACAAGAUGGCUGCGGAUCAGCAGAUGAAUGUUCCUUCAGAGAAUGACGGGGGAGUCGAUAUAUCGCCUGAGAAAGAUGGUGGAGUUCUGAAGAAGAUUUUAAAGGAUGGCGAGGGAGAUGAGUGUCCAUGUGUUGGUAGUGAAGUUUUCGUCCACUACACAGGGACGCUACUAAAUGGAGAGAAAUUUGAUUCAAGCAGGGACCGAGAUGACUUAUUCAGUUUUAAGUUAGGAGAAGGUUCUGUAAUCAAAGGAUGGGAUGUAGGCGUGGCAACAAUGAAGAAAGGUGAAGUUUGUGUGUUGACUUGUGCCCCAGACUAUGCAUAUGGUAGUGCUGGGUCACCACCUAAAAUUCCUGCAAAUGCCACGCUUAGAUUUGAAGUUGAGCUGUUUUAUUGGAAGGAUGAAGAUAUAACAGGGGAUGGUGGUGUUAUCAAAAAAGUGUUGUUGAAAGGUGAAGGUUUCAAAAUGCCAAAGGAUGAAGCUUGUGUUACAACUCACAUAAGGGGAAUGUACAAGGAUACUGCUUUUGAAGAACGAGAUGUAGAAUUUGUACUGGGUGAAGGGGAAGAAAAAGGUAUAUGCCUAGGAAUAGAAAAGGCUUUAUAUAAAAUGAAGAAGAGAGAAAAAGUGCAUCUAAGAAUUCAGGCAAAUUAUGGUUUUGGGGAAAAAGGAAGUGAAGAAUAUAACAUCCCAGGAAAUGCAGAAAUUUCGUAUGAAGUUUAUUUAACUGCCUUCGAAAAUCCAAAAGAAACUUAUGAGAUGGAAUUGGAGGAGAAGAUGGAAGUUUCACAAAAAGUGAAAGACAAGGGUACAUCUUUCUUCAAGUCCGGCAACUACGAACGUGCCUUGACACAAUACAAUAAAAUGAUCAAGCUGUUAGAUGUGUACAAAGAUGACGAAAAACUAGUAGCCAACCCUCUGAAAUGUAUAGGACAUUUAAAUGCUGCGAUGUGUGAGCUGAAGAUGAAGCAAUACCAGGCAGCCAAGAAGAACUGCGACAAAGCACUAGAGAUAGAAGACCAAAACGUGAAAGGAUUUUUCCGGAGAGGACAGGCAAACUUUGGAAUAGGCGAAUUCGAGUUAGCAAGAAAAGAUUUUAAAACAGCAUUAGAAAUAGACCCAAAGAACAAGGCUGCUCACGACCAGCUUAAGGCUGUUAUCAACAAAAUCAAAGAGCAAGAUGCAAAAGAAAGGAAAAAAUACGGUAAUAUGUUUGAAAGAUUCGCCCGGGAGGACCAGAGGAGAACAGCCGCCGAGAAAAAGUCAAAACCAACCGAAACAGAUGUGUUCAAACAGGCUGCUGAGGAGGCAAGAAAGGCUGAGGAGGAGAUGGAUACUGACGAACAAAAGAAACAGGAUGAUAUGGAGAAUGGAGUUGAGGGUGUUACCCACGCCUGAGUUCUAUCUCCCUUGCUAUUCAUCAUUUUGUCGUGACAUUUUCCUGGAUAUGUUAUAUCGAUGAAUGAAAAUAUGGACGAAAAGCUAAUAAGCAUUAUAGUAGAACGAAGGAAGGUUUUUGAACAUUAGGGGGUAGUGGAGACAUAUGGCAGGGCCCGUGGCACAGGGGGAUCGGGGGCCAUGCCCCCCGCCCCCACUUUUCUUGCUAACUAUAGGUAUUAAAUGCCCCCUUUACUUAUUAAAUAGGUAGCCUCCCUUUUUGAUCCCGCACUUUAGCAUCGGUGACGCAGGCCCUGUAUGGACACCUCAUUUUUUCCUUUCUACAUUACCAAACCAUUGAUACUGUUGAUAGAUGGAGGUAAAUGGGGGCGUUUAACCGCGUCCUAUCUGCCUUCUACAUUUUAUUUUCACAAUCAAAAGUUUAUUAUCAUCUAGUACUGUCUAAAUGCAAUGAAAAUCUGUUGAAGAAUUACGGUUCUCUUUGUUACAAGCGCCA